GAAGACAAGAGCAGGGCACGUGGCGUUGUGCACAGAAUAAUUUGAUGUUCUACAACAGCAAGUGCAUAAAGUUAAUAAAGUUGUAAGAACUAAAAGUAGGCGACCAACAUACAACAACGCUAGUAGAACCUGCGACAGAGUAGAAGUUGUCACUUUUUGAUACAAAACUACAGUUGCUUUUUCUUGUACUAUUCUACUUUUCCGUGCUGUAUGAAUCAAAAACACGACAUUAGAAACUUUUAGAUCAUGGGGGGUUUUUCGCGGCGCAACCGGAAGCAGAGCCAGCAGGCUGGCGGCGAAGUGAGCAUGACUUUGUCCCUGCUGCAAGACCGGAUAAAACGGGACUCUCUCGCGUACAAACAGGAGUUUCAAGCGCAAGUACAGCACUUCGAGUCCGUUCUCGAGCUUUUGCUCCUCAACCCGCAGAAGCCCUCGAAACAGUUCGAUGAGCAGGUGAUGUUUCUCGCGCACGUAUGCCCCUAUUAUGAAUACAAGGACUUCCCGCAGAAAAUCAUCAAACUGCUGAAGGAAAAAUCCAACUUACUCCACGCCCAAACGCGGAAGGUGCUGGUGCAGGCAUUGAUUCUGCUGAGGAACCGGAACCAGUACGAGUUGAUCGACGCCCUGCCGCUCCACUUUCAGCUGCUGGCUUUGGACGACAAAAACGUCCGGUCCAUGGUGCACACCCACAUCGUCCGCGAUGUGCUGCGCAUGAACGAGAAGAGUCAAAACAUGAUCGAGAACAAGAAAUUGCAAGGGUUUUUCUUCGCCCAGUUGGAUCAUGGGAAUAAUAAAACGCAAAAUGGGAUGAAGAAUGUAUCCAAUACAGGAAAUAAUAAUAACCUCCAAAGUAGCAACAGUUCGACGGUGUCGGUGGGGGACGCAAAUUAUACCGCAAGUUCAAGUGGCAGCCCUAACACGAUCGUGGCAGCGCGGAAGGCGCUGAUCAUCCUGAUCUCGUUGUACAAGAAAAAUAUUUGGACCACCGCCUCGGUCGUCAACGCCAUCGCGCAGGCGGUUCUCCACAACGACAUGCACGUGGCCAAGGCGGCCGCGAAUUUUCUGUUGGGGAACACGCAUUUGGUUGCGGAGGAGGAUGGGGAGGACUCGGAGGAUGAAAACAAGAAGGAAAUCGGCAAUGUCAGCAAGAAAGUAUUGGAUUCGACGUGAAAUUCACUUUGAAUAUGAUUUUUGUUUUCAUCUGUCGAUCUUUGUAUAUUUAGAUUUGACUCAUCUAGUUCUUAUUUCUGCUUCGCGUGAUCGGCACACCACAUUAUAUGCCUAUACGAAACUUCCGCUUCCCCAGGUCCUUGGUAUCAAGCGGUUUGCGAAAUCGGGUCAGAAAAAGAAAAAGAUGGAAAAAGCGAAGAAAAAAGCUCUGAAGUCCAUGAGCGGGAGCAAAAAAGCGAAAUCCGGUCUCGAGAACAAGCAAAAUUUCGCGGCGAUUGACCUGCUCCACGACCCGCAGAAGCUGGCGGAGCAGUUGCUCGUCCGGAUCAUGCGCGGGAACGAAAACUACGCGUUUCGGUUGUUGUUGCUGCAGCUGACGAGUAGGUUGAUGGGGCGGCACAAGCUGAUCAUCCCGAAUUUCUACCCCUACUUGCAAAAGUAUCUGUCUCCGACGCAGCGCGAGGUCACGACCGUUUUGGCGUGCCUAGCGCAAUCCUGCCACACGGAACUGGCUUGUGAGGUGGUCCGGCCCGCGGUGGCGCACGUGUUUUCGACCUUCGUGAAUGAGACCAACGCACCGGAGGUAUACAGAAUUUCACCGUAUGUAACAUGUGCUAGCUAUAGUAGUAUUUGUACUUUUCAGAUGGCGUAGCAUGUGGUCCUCGGGUGCUCUAAAUCCUAAACCCUACUUAAGUGGCUACUUAGUCUUCGAUGCGUAUGAAACGAUGAGGGAAUAUGUACUGCCUCCAAUAAAAAGCAUUAUGCGGUCCUAACGGAUGAAUCAUAUCAAAAUUUUUUUUGAUCUACCAAUUUAUUUGCGCUUUACUCAUCAUUCUCUUCCUGCAAAACCAAAAUGAAAAUUUCCCAACCCAACAAAAAUCUCUAGGUGAUCACGGUGGGUAUCAACAGUCUGCGCGAGAUCGCGUGCCGCGUCCCCCACGCGCUCACCGAGGAGGAGGUACACGACCUGUGCGGGUUCCGAAAGUACAAGCACAAGGGUAUUCCAAGUAAAAACGUCCCUACCCCAUAGUUGUCAUGCAGAUUUGCAGUUACAGAAAGAUUUGCAGUGCGCAUCCCCAUGAGAGGCAUUUCCAGUUGCGUUUUGGACUCUGUAAUGCUAUAAACAGGAUGCGUAGAUGGAUUUGUGUUGCGGCUGUACUUGCCAAACUGCACUACAGUACAGAGACGAACUUGUCAUGCGUGACUCCCAAGACUUCUCGACUUGUGUUGCGAGACCGCCAUCUUGACUCUGGGGUGGGGACGUUUUUACACAGAAUAAAGGGCGUCCGCGUGGGCGUGAAGUCGCUGGUGAACAUGUAUCGUGAACUGAACCCCGCGUUCCUGCAGAAGCAAUUCCGCGGCAAGGAAGCGGCGGAAGCCUUGGCAAGGGGGGAACUGAAAAACAAUGGCGAGGUCACCGCGGAAACGUUGUUUGGCCAGGGGAUGGAGUUGCUCGCUGCGCGGAAACUGCGGAAGGAGGAGAAGAAGAGAGAGAAGGAGGAAAACACCGGAGCUGAUUCAGGAUCGGAGGAAAAUGACUCUGAUGCCGCAGAAGUAGAUUCUGAUGCUGAACAGAGCAUAGAAGACUGGCUCGACGAAGAGGAAGAGGAUUCUCAAUCAGGGACCGAGGGCGAUGACGAGAAUGAUAGUACGGAAAACAUCAAGCCUACGACGAAGAACAGCCCUCCUGGAGGUAAAAAUAAUAGCACAGUAGACGUCAAAAAGACGGUCAAGAAAGCUGGUGCAUCGAAGGCGUCUACUUCGGAUGUUGACGAUGCUUGCAAGUCCAACUCAAAGAAGCAAGAAAGAAGGUCAAAAAGUAGCUCGAAAAAAGAGAGUGAAAAGGAUGCAGAAUUGUCAAAUUCAGAGGAGGAAUCGGGCUUCGAAGAUUUAGAGGAGGAGGACUUCAGCGAUCUGGAAGAGGAAAUCUCAGACUUCGACGAAGUUCCUUCCGGCUCCGAAGCAGAAGACGAAGAUCUUGCACAAGAUGGUGCAAAUAGCGACAGCGCGAACGACACGAAAAAUGAUGAUAGUACUACUUCCCGAAAGCGACCGACCAAGGAGCUGUCGAACGCGACGCGAAAGAAGCGAAAGCUAGCCGAAAAGCGGGAGGAGAAGAGACAAAUGGACGAGAAAAAACAGAAAAUCGAAGCCGCGGCCAAGAACAUCAUGAUGGACCAAAUUUUGGGUCCGGAGGACUUCAAAAAGAUGCGAAAACUCCAGGCGCAGAAGGCGAUGCAGAUGCAGACCGGGCGGGGGCGGAAGAAAAACGCAGAUCCCUAUGAAUUUUCCACCGAUACUAGUUCGGAUAGUGACAACGAAAAGGAUAACUCGGAUAAAGAGAACGACUCCGACGACGAGGAUGGUUCGGACAACGACAUAGAGUCCUCUUCCGACGAAAAUCUUGACCCUGCGGAGAAAGCCAAGAGGGAGAAGCAGAAGCAGUCGAAGAAAGUGUACAACGAUUUGGAUUUUUUGGAUCCUUCCAAGCUCACCGGCUUCACACGGAAAAAGCACGACAAGCACACACGCCUGCAAUCCGUGAAGAAGGGGCGCGAGGGGCGGGAGAAGUUCGGGCAGAAGAAACAAACCCGGACCGGGGGCAGCACGAACAAGGAAAAGAGAAGGAACAAGCCAAUGUUGAUGCAAAUCCAGUCGCGACAGGUUCGAACCAAAAAGAACGGGCAGAAGGCCACCGCGAAGUUGGCCAACCUGCGAAAGCACAUUGGCAAUCUGAAAAAGGGAGGCAAACACCAGAAGCGGAGACGAUAAUGCACCUAGUAGUAUAUUUUGGACAAAGACGUGAAAAAAUGGCUAGGAAGAUGAAUUAUUUUUGCUCUUUGCUGGGCCUGGGAAUAAAAAUAAUUCAUCAUGCGGCCAGUAAUUAUAUCAUGUUUGUCGAAAGAUUGAACGUGCGACCACUAGAACCACGCUCGAUUUGGUACAUGAAAGGCGUCCUCCUGAAGCGGAUUUACAACAGUGAAACUGGAAGAUGCGGCGCUCUCAUAGUGUACAGUAAGAUGAAGACACAUUUAUUUUUUUACUAAUCGAGACUCUGACUCGCCGCGGUCUCCGUCUACCUUCACCUUCUUCCUGCAU